AUGGACGCCUCCGCCAAUUACGACGACAUGCCCGUCUUUUACGUUGGCCACCACGAGACCAAGCGCUCGUAUCCUGUGACGGACCUGCUGCUUCUUCAGGCCCAGGACUGCAAUUAUGACAUGCUCACUGCUCCCAUCACCACCGCCCACUUCCACACGCGCGUGCUGAACCUGCUCUCCGCCCACAAUGCCGCCCUCGCCGCGGCCUCGAACAAGGACGACGUGCCGCUGCCACUGAUUUCUCCUCUAGGUCCCGAAGACACUCUUAUGACGCCCAAUGACACCGUGUCCCAGCUUCUGGCGCUCACCAGCCCAUGGAUCGACUUGGCCUCUCCGGACCCGGUCAUUGCUCACAUUUCGCGCCAGGUCUUCACCCAGGAAGUCGCCUAUGCUUGCUUCUGCGGCGUCGGCAACAUCAUUAUUCAGGGCCCGAAGCUGCAUCACGGUGACUUGAGCCAAGACGGCGUUGCGCAAUUUGCGCGUGCGAUCCAAGAAGCCCUGUCCAUCGGCCCGUACGUGAAUCUUCAGAUCAUGCUGCCCAUGGUCGACGACCCGACCGUCGAUUCGAGUGAUGAGAUGGGAAGCUUGGCGCCCUUCGCGAGAGAAGAGUACCUCCAGGGCAAGGGUGGAAAAGGAAGCAAGACGGUGGACCACUUUGGCGCCUGGGACGCGUGGAAUGUCAUCCGGACCGUAUCCUUGAUCUUGCCGUCUCAACUUCCUCCCAUGUCCGUUCAGUCCAGAUGGUUCUCCGAGCCUUUGCGUCUCCUUUCAAUUCCCGGCUCCACCUUCCUCAAGAACAAGAAGGGCUACUCGGUGCUUUCCGUGGGCCACCAGGCGCUCAUCACACGCUAUAUGCGUCUGCGCAACCCACCAUGGAUCCUGUUGACCGACGUCGGCCCAAUCCCGGGCGUGGACAACCCGGACGCAGUCAUGAGCAUGUCCACCGGCUUUCUCUCACCCGAAGCCGUGUCCACCACUCCUGAUGCUAGCCCAUCUCACGAUCCGACGCCGGCCGAAGCAGCGCAGAUUCCCAAGCAGAAGAAGCCCCAGGACCCUACACCCCACCUCAGCUACAUCCGCUACCUGCAAAAGCACCAGCCGGCGAAGACUCCGAUUGAGCGCUUCGGUUCUGGAUACCAGGACUACCUUCAAUCUCCUCUGCAACCACUGGCCGAUAACCUCGAGAGCAUCACCUACGAAGUCUUUGAGAAGGACCCAGUCAAGUACGAGUGGUACGAGCGCGCCAUUGAAGCCGCCCUGCGUGACUGGAAGGCCCAGAACAAGACGACGUCUUCCCCCGAUGGCUCCGUGGUCGUGGCGGUAGUGGGCGCCGGACGCGGCCCGCUCGUCACUCGCGCACUCAAAGCGUCUGCCAGCUCUGGUGUCAAGAUAGACAUGUGGGCGGUGGAGAAGAACCCCAACGCGUACGUGCUGCUCCAACGGCACAACCACGACACGUGGAACGGCGCCGUGACGGUCGUCAAGUCGGACAUGCGUUCCUGGAAGGGCCCGCACCGGGGCGACGGCAGCCACGGAAACGUCGACAUCCUCGUGUCGGAGCUGCUAGGAAGCUUCGCCGACAACGAACUCAGCCCGGAGUGCCUGGACGGCGUGCAGCACGUGCUCAACCCCACGCACGGCAUCAGCAUCCCGACUAGCUAUACGGCGCACCUCACGCCCAUCGCCGCGCCAAAACUGCACAACGACGUCGCGGCGCGCGAAGCCACGGACCCGACCGCCCCGGAGACGCCCCACGUCGUCAUGCUGCACGCGAUCGACUACCUCUCGACGCUCGCGCCCCCAAGCAGCAGCAGCAGCAGUAGCGGGCCGAAAUCCGGCGCCGCCGAGAACCCCGCCACGCCAGACGUCCAGCUGGUCUGGGAGUUUACGCACCCAGUCUCUGCGGCGGUGAUUGCGCAAGCGACACUCCGCCAGGGGGGCAGCGCGGCGGGCGGCGCGGGCGGCGCCACCGGCGGCGAUGGCGCUAACGAACAUAACUUCCGCUGCAGGAAGAUGAGCUUUGCGUGCCGGGAUCGUGGGAUUUGCCAUGGUUUGGCUGGAUACUUUGAGACGGUGCUGUAUCAGGGCCCGAGUGGCAAGGUUGAGUUGAGCACGAAUCCGAAUACGAUCGAUGCCAAGAGUAGGGAUAUGAUCAGCUGGUUCCCGAUCUAUUUCCCGCUGAAGACACCGGUCCUUAUCCCCGACGACGCGGAGAUCGACGUCACCAUGUGGCGCCAGACCGACGACCGCAAGGUCUGGUAUGAGUGGCUCGUUGAGGCAUUUGUGACCGUGCGCGGUAGGCGCCUGCGCGUUGCUGUCUCGGAGCUGCAUUCGAGCAGGAAGAAUGGCUGCUUGAUGUAA